GAUAACUGGACGACCAAGCGGGUACCUGACUCAAGCGAGGAUAUCGCUGUCGGCGGUGGAUGAUAGAGCCGAAGCCAAGCGACAGGGUUUGCGUCAAAAAGAGCAGCGUCGGGAGAUCAUCUAGGCCGAGCCGCCGUGUUGGAGAAAAUACUGCGACGUUGAAGAAAUUCCUGGACGGCAUUUUGACAAGUGCGUCUUUUGUCUUUUAUAAUCGGAUUCUGUCACCUACUUAGAGGUAGCAUUGAGACCGUUUUUGUUAGGCGAUACGACGUCAUUACUCUGUUCACGAUGUCUUCAGCAAUGACCGCCGCGCUCAGACAGACCGUCAACAUCGGACGGAUGCAAGGAACCGCCAUCAGACGGUGCAUGACCAGCGUCAGGAACAACACCAUCCCCAAGUCCCCGAGCUUCAUCCCAGCCACAAACACGAACUGGACCCGCGCCCAACACACUACUGCUGCCGCUGCCGCUGCCGCCGUCCACACCACCACCACGAUGAGACCUCACCCCGAGUCGUCGCCCUCCUCCUGCUUCUCAACCACCCCCAAAACAGCACAAAUGGAAAUCGACCACUUCCGCUCCAUCCCCUGGGUCGCCAAGCACCUCUCGAAACCCCACCUCGUCAUCACCCAAGCCGACAGCCGCAAGCCCAAGCCCGGCCACUGCGACGUCUUGUUUUCCCAGACGCUCAACAGCCCCGAGACCAUAUCCGCCUACAUCACCACCGUCGACGGGUCCGAAGAGGGACUCAUCACCGAAACUUUGGCUUUCCUGACUCUUGGCAACAAACUCAACGGCUGGCCUGGCGUCUGCCACGGCGGCAUGGUCAUGGCCAUGAUGGACGACCUGACGGGCCAGCUGUUCACCCAGAACAAGAAGCUCAAGAGGAUGCAGAACCUCCCGCUUAUGACGGCGUACCUGAAUACUACCUUUGUGAAGCCGGUGAGGACGCCGUGCACGAUUAUGGUGCGGUGCAGGAUUACCAAGGUGGAGGGACGCAAGUAUUGGAGCGAGGCGGCGAUUAUAGUGGAGGAUGAGGUGACGGGGGAGGAGGUCGAGCUGGCGAGGUGUGAUAGUUUGUUUGUCAUGUUGAAGAGUAAUCUUUAGAAGGAAGGAAGGAAGGAAGAGUGAUAUACCCAUAGACGGGGAUAGAAGGAUGGAUAGACAUGGUUUGGGAUAGAACGGAUUAGGAUUAGAAUUUUAGAAAGGGGGGCCUUGCUUGGAUACGGUACCCCUGGUAGACCAUAGAUGGAGUUCAAAGGGCAUAUUAUAGAGAUACAGAUAGACUUGUUGCGAACAUUCUUUGUCAAUACCAUUCACUAAUCGACUUAUUGGAUCAUCG